AUGAAAGGAACUAGUUGUGGGCUGGAGGCUCAGCUUAACAAUUCCAUCAGAUCUUCAAGAACAAUCACAAAGGUUUAUACAAGAAACAGAAUCGAUUACGUCAUGGCUCAGGGAAAAUAUUCCCGAGUCGAUGGGAAGAAGUCAUCAUGUUCCACAGCUACAAUUGUUGUUGUUGUUGGGGUUUGUUUAGUUGCAGUUUGGAUGUUCAUGUCCUCAUCUGCUGCCCCCGAUCAGACUCCCGACCUGCCCGUUGCCACAGAAACAAAACAAAAGGUGACCGCAAACCCUUCUUCCCAAUUUGAAGAUAAUUCCGGUGAUCUACCCGAUGAUGCAGUGAAAGAUGAGGGGAAUCAAGAAACUACUCAAAAUGGAGGUGAUUCCAAUUCCGAGGAAUCCAACACAAAUGAAGUUGAAACAAACACCAACACCGGAGAUGAUUCUAGUUCAAAUGAAGAAAAAUCAAACUCCGAAGACGGAAACACGAAUUCCGAUUCGAAUGAAGGUGAAAAGAGUAAUUCCAGCGACACCGAUUCGAAUGAAAGCGAGUCGAGUAAUUCCGAGAACACCGAUUCCAAUUCCGAUUCGAAUGAAACCGGAAAGACCGAUUCCGAAGACGAGAAGGUUAAGUCAGACGAGAAGGUAGAGAAAGAAGAAGAAAAGCAAACGGAAGAAAGCUCCGGUGAAAACAAGACCGAAGAUUUCUCGGCUGCAACACAAUCCGAGAUUUUAAAAGAAACCAACACGCAAAACGGGGCCUUUUCCACUCAAGCAGCUGAGUCAGCAAGUGAGAAAGAAUCACAGUCGCCAUCAUCAUCAAAGAAUUACAAGUGGAAGACAUGUAAUGUGACAGCUGGACCGGAUUACAUUCCGUGUCUUGACAAUUUGGAAGCCAUUAGACACCUUCAUGGUAGGAGCCACUAUGAGCAUAGAGAGAGACACUGCCCAGAUGAGUCCCCUACAUGCCUUGUUCCUCUGCCUGAAGGCUACAAAACACCAAUCAAGUGGCCUAGAAGCCGAGAACAGAUAUGGUACAGUAAUGUCCCACACACGAAGCUUGCUGCAGUAAAAGGUCAUCAAAAUUGGGUCAAAGUUACUGGAGAAUACCUUACUUUCCCUGGUGGUGGUACUCAAUUUAAGAAUGGAGCCCUUCACUACAUAGACUUCAUCCAAAACUCACUUCCUGAUAUCGCAUGGGGUAAAAGAACCAGAGUGAUACUGGAUGUUGGAUGUGGAGUUGCUAGUUUUGGAGGGUAUCUUUUUGAGAGGGAUGUGGUUGCCAUGUCGUUUGCUCCAAAGGAUGAACAUGAAGCUCAAGUGCAAUUUGCAUUGGAAAGGGGUAUUCCUGCCAUUUCAGCUGUUAUGGGUACCAUUAGGCUGCCAUUCCCCAGUAAGGUCUUUGAUGUUGUUCAUUGUGCUCGUUGCAGAGUCCCAUGGCAUAUUGAAGGAGGUAAACUUCUGUUGGAGCUCAACCGCAUGUUAAGGCCUGGUGGUUACUUUGUAUGGUCUGCUACCCCUGUUUACCAAAAUAAGCCUGAAGAUGUGGAAAUUUGGGAAGCUAUGUCUAAACUAACCAAGGCAAUGUGCUGGGAGUUGGUGAAGGUCAACAAUGACAAAUUGAACGAGGUUGGUGCAGCAAUAUACAGAAAGCCAACAACCAACGAAUGCUAUGAAAGCAGACAACAAAACGAUCCACCUCUAUGUGAAAGCAAAGACGAUCCGGAUGCAAUCUGGAAUGUGCAACUUCAAGCAUGCAUCCAUAAAGUCCCGGUUGACUCAUCCGUGCGUGGCUCAGAAUGGCCUAAAACAUGGCCUCAGAGGUUGGAGUCACCACCAUAUUGGUUGAAGAGUAGUGAGGUUGGAGUUUAUGGAAAAUCAGCCCCUGAAGACUUCACUGCUGACUAUGAAAACUGGAAACGUGUUGUCUCAAAGUCGUAUUUGAAUGGAUUAGGAAUCGAUUGGUCUUCAGUCAGAAAUGUCAUGGAUAUGCGCGCUAUAUAUGGAGGAUUUGCUGCUGCAUUGAGGGACUUGAAAGUUUGGGUGAUGAAUGUUGUACCCGUUGAUUCACCGGAUACUCUUCCAAUUAUAUAUGAGCGAGGACUCUUUGGCAUAUAUCACAAUUGGUGUGAAUCAUUCAGCACUUACCCACGAACAUAUGAUCUUCUUCACGCAGAUCAUCUUUUCUCUGACCUUAAAAAAAGGUGCAAGUUACAAUCGUUAAUGGCGGAAGUUGACAGAAUUUUGAGACCCGAAGGUAAACUGAUAGUGCGUGAUACUGUGGAGACGAUUGCUGAGGUGGAAAGCAUGGCAAAGUCUAUGCAAUGGAAGGUUAGGAUGACUUACAACAAGGACAAUGAAGGGAUGUUAUGUGUGGAGAAGACGUUAUGGCGUCCCACAGAGGUAGAAACAGUUGCAUACGCCAUCGAAUAGAACAAGUAUUGAAAGAAGGAAAUGGUAUUUUAUGAUGUGUUUUUACAUUUUUUAUUAAUUUAAUUGCAAUUGUAAGUUGUUUAGCCACGUGUAAUGGUCGUUUUGAUUUGUUCUUGUAACGAUUUUGUACUUGGUUUGCCUCGACUCAAAUGUGUGUGGGGUUAGAAUAUUGUUACUGUAAAACUACGAUAUAUUAUCAUAUUUAGCAAUGAAAUUAAAU